AUGGAAACAGACAACAAGGAAAGGGAAAGGCGGCGGGGCUGGCCGCGCCUGCUAACGCUGUCAUCCUUCCAGGUCCAGCAUCGCCCCACCAGCAUUGAGUGGGAUGGCUGCGAUCCCCAGAAGCUCUACACCCUGGUUCUCACAGACCCGGAUGCUCCCAGUAGGAAGGACCCAAAGUUCAGGGAAUGGCACCACUUCCUGGUGACCAACAUGAAAGGCAACAACGUGGGGAGUGGGACUGUGCUGUCAGAUUAUGUUGGCUCGGGACCUCCCAAAGGAACAGGGCUGCACCGCUACGUGUGGCUGGGGUACGAGCAGCCGAAGCAGCUGACCUGCAAUGAGCCCAUCCUCUCUAAUCGCUCCGGUGACAAACGAGGGAAGUUCAAGGUGGCUUCUUUCCGGAGCAAGUAUGAGCUGGGGGUGCCGGUGGCUGGCACUUGCUACCAGGCGGAGUGGGAUGAUUAUGUGCCGAAGCUCUACGAGCAGCUGGCGGGGAAGUAGGGUGAGGGGACCUGGAGAAGCACUGUGCAGCACCCCCUGCGCCCCCAGAGACCAGGCCGGUCGGAGCACCUCGCUGUAGUUUUGUUUGAUUAGUGAGUUGAACCCAGCUGCUCCCAACUGGAACUGUAACCCUGUCACUGUCCCUGGCCUGAACCUGCUUCCCUGUUGGUGUGGUCCAGACCUGUGCUGUGCUUCAGCUGACUCCCGCAGGUACAGGCGAGCGCUAGCUAGAUGAGCUUCUGACACAGUGUCCCUGUAAGGGCCACCCCGUCCAGGCCGACCUGCUUUAGGGAAACCAAAGCCUCUGCCAAUUAGCGUCACUUCAGGGCGUCUCUGCUGUACUGAAAUGGUGUCACGCAGCAGGGGUGCGGGUACAGAACCACUUCUGGGUCGGUGCUGGCUGUGAAGUCUCCCCCUUUCCAGGAGAGGAGAUGGCAAGCAAAGGGAAACUCCCCUCUUUUUAAUUUUUUUUUUUUUUAAAUUUUAUUUUUACCCUCAAAUAUUGGGGCCAGUGCCUCUGCUUCGCUGAAGUGAACCACUACAGUAGUGAGGGGAUAGCUGUAGGAGGCAGGGAGCAGGCUGAUAGCACAACCUUCUGUUCUCUGCUGCUGCUCGGAGCCGAGAGACCGCUUUCAUUUUGUUCAAGUUCUGUUGUGACCUGACGUUAACGUGCUGUUUGCUCACAGUGCAAUUAAAAACUUACCACGGUGGAUGGUGUGGUUGCCUUCUUGGGGGAUGAGGGGAGCGCUUACAGCAGCAGCUUGGCAUCACGUUUAGAUCUACUCGCCUCGAGGUGGGGCUCGCUGCCCCAGUAAAGCAUCCUGGCAAACAGAGCGCUGGUGGGUGGCUUUGGAAAUUCGGAGAGGAGGCUGCUUUUUUCCAGGGCAUUGCUGAA